AUGCCGGACUUCACAGAGGCAAUACUAGAAUUAAAGCCAAGUAAGACAGGAGCUAAGGAUUCUUACAUUUGGUAUCCUUCGAAGUCUGGAAUCUACUCAACAAAGUCAGGCUAUGCAGCAGCCGUAGCGAUGCAGGAGCAAGAUCACACCAGCGCAAACAUCCCUAGUACUUUCAACUGGUACAAGUCGGUGUGGUCGGUAUCGACUGCUCCAAAGAUACAGCUCUUCAUAUGGAAAGCUAUAAAUGGGGCUCUACCCACUGGGGAAAAUCUUCAGAAGAGAGGACUGAUGCAGAAUACUCUAUGCGUACAUUGUGGCCUACCAGAAACUACAGAGCAUCUCCUCCUCCACUGUUCUUUUGCAAGACAGGUAUGGAACCUAAUACCGCUCGCAUCUCGUAUUAAACCAGAUGAUUUCCCGCACUUUAUAUCAGCUGUCGGAGCAGCAACAUCGUGGCUCUGCCUACCACCCUGUGGUGUCUCAGGUGACAUCUUCUCUUGGGUGGUGUGGAAUCUAUGGAUCACUAGAAAUCAGUUGUUGUUUGAAGCACGCCCUGCAUCUGCGAAAACUACGGCUCUAAAGGCCUUGAUGGGUGCUCGGGAAUGGACACAAGCUCAGGAACCUCCCCUGAAAGUAAUGAAGAACACUCAGAUCCAAGGAAGACCUGAUUCGAUCCCGACCGGAACAGUCGCGUGCAAUACUGAUGCGGCCUGGAGGAAGGAAUCUUCUGAUGCAGGUCUUGCUUGGAUCUUCGACUCUUCUACGGCGCUGAUCGUCUCAGAUGGAUGUAAAUUCCAACCCCGAGUUUCAUCGGUUCUUAUGGCUGAAGGGUUGGCGGUGAGGGAAGCUCUUUCCCACGUCCUACACAUCGGCAUCUCCAAAAUCUGGCUUCGAUCAGAUUCUCUAUCGCUGAUCAAGGCGAUAAAUUCGGUUUCCAAGCCGAUGAACCUCUACGGAGUUCUAUCGGACAUCGAAUGUCUCUCUGCGUCUUUUGAAUUCUGUUGUUUUUCCUUUGUCCCUAGAGAAGAAAAUGGGCAUGCGGACAAUCUGUCCAAAGCCUGCUUGUAUCACGCUGCUACCACUUGGGCCUGA